CCGACACAGCGAACUCUUAUGCACAAUGCCUUCAACGACCCUGAAACGAAGACGGACCGAGGAUCGUAUGCGCGGGAAGGCGCCCAAGCUAAGAAAGAAGGUCAAAAAACAGCGUUUCUAUCACAGCUCAAGUGAAGACGAGGGAGGCGCCAGAGAUGCUCCCGUAGAACAAGAGAGUAGUGACGAGGAGGUGCAAGAGGAGCAACCAAAACGUGAAAAACCGUUACCCAAGUUCAAGGCGACUGUUCCAACCACGAAGAAAGUACCGAAAGAAGCUUCCCCCAAUGAGGAUGAUGUUGCGUCAAGCGCAGACGAACAGGACGACGAAGAGGACGACAAUAUCGAAGUCGAUGAGUACGAGGAUGGCGAUAGUGAUGCGUCAGAUGCCUCAGACGGCUCAGAAAUUUCAGAGACAUCCACCAACAAUGCGCGCAGAGUGAAGAAGCGAAACGACCCUGACGCAUUUGCGACGUCCAUAUCCAAGAUCCUGGGCACAAAGUUGACCUCACAAAAACGCUCGGAGCCAAUCCUUUCACGAUCCAAAUCAGCACAAGAAGCGAAUAAGGCGCUGACGGAUCACAAAUUGACACUCAAGGCGCAUCGGCAGGUGCUCGCUGAGAAGAAGGCGGCGCAAGAGAAGGGUCGCGAGAAGGAUGUGUUGGGAUUGCAGAAGACGGAUGUGAGCACUGCAGACAUUGUCGCGGAGGAGAAGCGGUUGCGCCGGACAGCGCAAAAGGGUGUUAUCAAGCUGUUUAACGCGGUGCGGGCUGCUCAGAUCAAGGCCGAACAGGCAGAGAAGGAAGCAAAAGCAGCCGGGGUCGUCGGCCUGGCAAAGAGGGAAGAGAAGGUCAGUGAGAUGAGCAAGCAGGGCUUUCUGGAUAUGAUCACAGGGGGAGCAAAGAAAAAGGAGGGUAGCGUGGGGGCAUGAUAUUACAGCUGAGCUGGGCUCGCUUCCUGAAAAUCUAAUGAUACCACGAUUCCUCCGUCCGGGU